UGGAGUUAAGUACAUGAAGAAGUUAAUACCUGUGAAAUCCAGUGAAACAAAGUCCUGUAAUGGGUCUUCUUUAGAAGACCCAUCAGAUAAGGAAGAAAUAGGAGAGUUAAUUCACAUAAUAAACAGGAAAAGGAAAUAUGCCUUAUCUAUAUUUAGGACUAUUUACCAGAUACACACAAUUAUCUAAUUUACUGAAAUGAAUUAGUCUUCUAUUAAGAUGAAAAACAACAAAAAGAAGGGUCCUGCACCUGGUCAAAGGAGCCCUCAGUAGGGUAUAAAAGGGACAGAGGACAAGGGGAGAUCACACUCAAGAAGCUCACUGCCCUGGAAACCCACCCCCAACCUCCACCCUCGGACACCAUGGUCAGCUCGUGUUGUGGCUCCGUCUGCUCUGACCAGGGCUGUGGCCAAGACCUCUGCCAGGAGACCUGCUGCAGCCCCAGCUGCUGCCAGACCACCUGCUGCAGGACCACCUGCUGCCGCCCCAGCUGCGGUGUGUCCACCUGCUGCCGCCCCAGAUGCUGCAUCUCCAGCGGCUGCAGGCCCCAAUGCUGCCAGUCUGUGUGCUGCCAGCCCACCUGCUGCCGCCCCAGAUGCUGCAUCUCUAGCUGCUGCAGGCCCCCGUGCUGCCAGUCCUCGUGCUGCCAGCCCUCCUGCUCUCAGCCCCGCUGCUGCAUCUCUAGCUGCUGCAGGCCCCAGUGCUGCCAGCCCUCCUGCUGUGGCUCCAGCCCCUGUGGCUCCAGCUGCUGCCACCCCUGCUGCUGCCUGCGCCCCGUCUGUGGCCGGGUCUCCUGCCACACCACUUGCUACCGCCCCAUCUGUGUCAUCUCCACCUGCCCCCGCCCCACGUGCUGUGCCUCCUCCUGCUGCUGAAUCUCUCCUUUGGACACACUGCUUCCUCAUCUCCUCCCUCCCCAAAGAUGCUGAUUCUCCUCUUUAAAUGCGGCCUGCUCGCGAGAAUUGAUCUCCUGGGUCUCCAGAGCAGACCCCAGCCCCACUGAGCACACGUUCUUACUUCCGUCCAAACUCCCUCCCUUCUCAGGGAACUCAUUCAGAACCUCCUCGGAAAUUAAACUCCCCCUACACUCCUCCCCUUGUCUUCAGGAAUCCAUCCUUCCUGCUUCAGGAAUCUGGCUCCAUCACUGGUGGGGCCACAGGUUUUCACCCCCUGGCACAGCAGCCCUCGAAGUCUUCCUGGGUAUUAUCUGCACAACUUUUGCUUAUGUAUUGGUAUUUCCAUGUAUGAAAAUAAACGUCUCUCCUAGCACUGAAAAGGGAA